AUGGGACGCCCUCCUCUCCCCGUACGAAGCAGUCUCCGACUUCCCCCCUCCCUCUUCCCAACCGCCCUUGCAGAAGCAUACCCUACAACCCCGAUAAUCCUCACCACCCGCUCCUUGGACUCCUGGGCGUCUUCGAUGCGGGGUACGCUGAUCCACGCACAUCUCCACCGGGAUGAAUUUCGAAAGUCGCCAAUGGAGGGGUUGGCGAACGCAUACCACUCUGUCUGCUGGGACAACGACUUUGGAAAGAAUGGAAAGGCGUAUUUUCAGAGGCACCAUGAGGAGUUGAGGGCGUUUAGGACCGAUGGGCGUAAGUUCCUCGAGUUGAGACUUGGAGACGGGUGGGAGCCGCUUUGUGCGUUUUGGGGGGCCGAGGUGCCGAAUGUGCCAUUUCCGAGGAGCGAUGAUUGGGUUGAGUAUAAGAAGAAGGUUGAGCAGGAGAGGAGAGAAGCAGGUUUUGUCGAAAAGUAUGCAGAGAACCAAGGGUUCACUGAACGUCAGCACAUUAGUACGCAAGGGAACAUUUAG